CCUACGCCAUCAUCAUCAUCGUCUUUCUCUGUUCCAACUCUCCCUCCCUCCACCUUGCUCUCCGGCUCUCCAUUGCUCUCCCUUACACUCAUACUUAUACACAUACACGCACACGCACACGCAUACGCAUACGUACACACACACUCGCGGCCUCACAUCCGGCGCGCACACCGCCGCCGCCCGCCAUGCCUCCCACCAUCGUCCUCAUCCGACACGCCCAAGCCCUACACAACGCCCACAAUACGUCUCCCCCGCCCCCACCCCCCUUUGCUCCUCUCACCACGGUCAUUCAUGAUCUUGGUGACUGACUGAGUGAUACAACAAGACGGGAUGGGGCAAUGAGCUAACAAGCAAAAGAGCACGGGACCACUCCAUCCACGACCCCCCGCUGACGGACCUCGGCCUCGAGCAGUGCGCCUCCCUGCGCGCCUCCCUCCUCGAGCGCUUCGGCGACGGCCACGAUGCCGAGGGACGGCAGCAGCUUGCUCUAAUGCCCCCGCGCGCAGAGGACGUGGCCGUCAUCGUGAGCCCCAUGCGCCGCACGCUGCAGACGGCGACGCUGGCGUUGGACUGGCUGGUCGACCGGGGGGUGCGCUUUGAGGCGAGCGCGGAUUGGCAAGAAAACUCGGACCAGCCCUGCGACACGGGCUCCCCCCUCGCCGCCAUCGCCCCGUCCUUUCCGCACGUCUCCUUUUCCGACGUGUCGCCCCUGUGGCCAGACAAGACGACCACCACAUCCUCCUCCUCCUCUUCUUCCCCCUCCACAUCAUCAGCAUCAGCAUCAGCGGAAGCAUCAUCAGCAUCAGCAUCAGCCGCCCAGCUCUUCGGCUACACCCGCGCCAGCAUCCUCGCCCGCGGCCGCCGCGCCCUCGAGGCCCUGCACGCCCGCCCCGAGCGCCUCGUCUUCGUCGUCUCGCACUCGGGCUUCCUGCGCGCCGGCGUCUGCCGCUGGUGGUUCUUUAACGCCGACUACCGUAUCUUUGACUUUGACUUUGUUGCUGUCAACGACCCUGCUGUGUCCUCGGAGGAAGGGGGAGAAGAGAAGCACCAGCACCAGCACCACCAACAGCAGCAACAGCAGCAGGCGCGCGGCGAAGAAGACAACCGGCUCCUGCUGAGGCAGCACCACAGCACGGAUCCCAAGGGCGGGCUUGGCUCGUCGUUCGCCGAGAGGGUAGCGCUGGGCGAGGGCCUACCUCGGGGUGAGAAUGGCGUCGCGACAUAACACAAGGGGCCCCCCGCGAGGUGAGAACGGCAUCACGACAUAACACAAGGGCCCCCCCACGAGGUGAAAAGGACGUUCACGGCAUAGACAAAAAGGUGUGGGUGGGUGGUGAUGCUGCUUGAACGGAUGGGUCUUUUUUUUGACAUUUUGCCCUUCCCGCUCGUGCCUCUUCAUGUCUAUCUACUCUAGCGUACAUCCACAUGUCUCUAGAUUACACAGGGGAUAGGUAGGUUACUCUGCCCCCUCAUACUGUACAACUUGGUAUACUUUUUGGCCC